AUGGAAAAGAUCAUGCAAAUUCGAAGUGUCACAUUCGGGCAUUCCGAUUACAUGCAAACGAGGUUAGCGCUUGCACUGGGAGAAUCAUUACAGUUGCCAGAAAAACUAAUUCCCGGACUGAAACAACCAACUGUUAUCGAAGGAUUUGUUCAAAUGUCAGAUAUAAUGAAAGAACAGAUAAAAAAGAAAUUUGAGCUUGCCUAUUUCGUGGCGAAAAAGGAACUUCCUUUUACUAUGUAUGAAGAUCUAGUUACCUUAGAGAAACACCAUGGUGUUGACAUUGGCAAUGCAUAUGUAAAUCGCAUUGAAUGUGCUGAUUUUAUUGAUUACCAUGGAGAAUACCUGUCAAAAACACUGACAAACGAUCUGAAAGAAGCAAAGUUUUACAGUGUUCUAACAGAUGGAACAACAGACUGCAGUGUUACAGAGAAGGAGCUUGUCUAUGUACUGUAUUUUAAUCCAAAACAAACUGGGGAGAACAUUGGGGUUAAGCUGGCAUUUCUUUGUUUGAAAGAUGUCAAGAAAGCUGAUGCACCUGGCAUUAAGUCUGUAAUUGAAUCAAGCUUUGCUUCUUUGGGUAUCACUAAUAAUGAACUUUAUUCCAAACUUGUUGGGUUUGGUGCAGAUGGAGCUUCGGUGAACAGUGGUGACAAAAAUGGUGUAAAAGCCUUGCUACAGGAAAAAUCGCCAUGGUUAAUCUUCCAGUGGUGUGUGGCUCACAGAUUAGAGCUGGCCUUGAAGGAUGCACUCCAGCCAACCUUUUUCAAGCAAGUUGAUCAGAUGCUCACAAGGCUGCAUUCAUUCUAUAGCAAGUCUCCUAAGAAGCUACAUGAGCUUAAAUCACUUCAUGAACUAUUGAAAAAUACAUUUGACUUUGUUGAAGGUUCAUUAAAGCCAAAACGAGCAAGUGGAACACGCUGGAUUUCAUUCAAGCUGGCAGCCUUAAGAUUAGUCCUUUCGCAUUUGGAAAAUCUGGCUGAACAAGAAGGAAAUGCUGAAAUUGUUGGGUACUUGAGAAGGUGGAAAACCAGUCAAAUGCUGCUGCAUAUAGCAUUCUUUAUUGAUGUGUUAACUCCUGCUGCAGAGUUAUCAAAGAUUUACCAGGAAGGAGAUAUAGAUAUUGUGAGUGCUACCAGUGCUUUAAACAGAACCAAGCACAAACUUGAACUCUACAGCAACCUGAGAUUACAAGAUCUUCCUGCCACAAAGUAUUUGCUGAGCAAAGUAGACAAACAAGGUGGUACUCACACAUACCAAGGCAUUGAAUUCAGUUCUAUUCAAUUUGAAAGAGAGUUGGAAUUGCUAAAAGCAAAGAAAAACAUAAUUACUGAAGCUGUGUGUGCUUGUAUUUCUACUCGACUGGAUGAUUCUGGGAGUCCUACCUUACAGGACAUUGCUGUUGUGCUAAAUAUUGAAUCAUGGAUGGCAAGAGCUUCCCUGCCUCAGGAAGAUGAAUCAGAUGAUGGAAACGACUCAAACAAAGAAAAUUCUUCUCACAAGUUUAAUGAAGGGUCAUUUGAUGUCGAAAUCAUCAGAUUGUUUGAGCAUUUUCAACCUGUCUUGGGUAAUGCUGAUGUCAAGUGCCCAUGUACAGAAGUAGUUGUUGCUGAGUGGCAUGACUUGUUAACCUAUAUCAUCAAUUACCUACAGCCAAACAAGCACAACUACAAGAAAACGUGGAAGUUUGUUUUUCUGUCAUCCUAUGCAAAAUCAAAAUGGAAGAACAUCCUUACCUUACCUUAGUUGAAUUGCUAUUUUCUAUCCCUGUGUCAAAUGCAAAACUAGAACGCAUGUUUUCAAAUAUGCAGAGAGCAAAAGUGGAUUCAAGAUGCUCUUUAGGUGAGCAAAGGCUGACUCACCUGCUAAGAAUCAAAGAAGAAGGGCCAGAACUUGGUACCUUUGAUGUUACCCCAGUAGUUGAACUAUGGCUUAACAGCAAGGUUAGGAGACCUAACCAGAACAAAAGGAAGAAGUACAAGCAAAGAAAACAGAAAUCAAAGAAAUAUUAUGAUAAUGAUAAUUACACCAAUCUCUUUUCUUUAAUUGACAAUACUGAUAGUAGUAGCACAGAAGAAUCAGAUGAUGUGAUUGAUGUCUCUGUUGAAGACAUGGACUGA